AUGACAGACCCAGAGUAUGUUCUUUGCCUGUGGAAGAAGCGUUUAUGGCCAGCAAAGGUUUUGUGCAAAACUGGAGUCGCUGGGGAAACGUCUGCUACUGACGCGAAGGGAACUUCGUUUGGAGUUGAAAUACUUGGCUUGAAAGAGCAGGUCAGCGUGAGCUGUGCAGAUGCCGUCCCGCUGACGUAAGAGCGCGUAGAAAGCAUCGCCGGUGGCUUGGAUCAAAAGAAUGAUUUGAGCGAGGCUGUGGAAGAACUGAAAUAUCGCUGCUCUCUUAAAAUUGCCUUGGAUAUUUUGACUCAAAAUGGCUCGGCCGGACAAGUGCCACCUUCAGAAGAAGGACCAGUCGCUCCACUGUCCCGGGAGAGGAGCGCAGGAUCUCUCUCAUCUACCCCCCUGCGGAGAUGUCGGUCGGUCUUUCGCUCUGAAGAAAAGCUGGAGCUUGAGACUUCCAAAAAAAAAAGAAAACAAAAAAAUAAUCCCAGCCUGAAGACUGGUAAAGAAAAACGAAAGCAGAAAGGGUCUGUCACGUUGGAGGAGAGCACUGCAGCGUGUGGGAGCGGAGCCAGCCCUGCCAAACGGGGCACUGGGGACCUGGGUAAUGCAUCAGGCUCAGACAAAAUACCAAAAGUGAAAUCACUACCAAGCCAGAAAAAAAUCGAGCCCAAACUGGUGCCAAAGUCCAAACGAGGAAAUAAAGCCUCCCUUAAGCCGAAGGGGGAGCAAAGUAAGCAAGGAAGGAAAAGACCAAGAGGUGCAGGAUCACCCGUAUCACAUAGGAAAGGUUUCCCCAAGGGUCCAGCACAGCCCCUUCCCGGGGAAGGGUCUCCUCAGCCGGACCCCUGCAAGUCUGACGCCGGGUGGGGACCUGCAGCCAGAGGCCAACCUGGAAAGGCGUUCCUGGAUUCCUCUGGUGGAAGUGCCGGAGGGGCAGAGCGUUUGAACCAGGUCGGUGGGCGGCAGGAGAUCGGCACAACCGUGUCCUCGCGGAGCAAACGCAGCCGUGGGCCUGGCUCCUCCCCCGGGCGCUCCGACGCCGGGCGGCUUUCGGGCGGCUUCCCCUCGCCGGGCGAAGAGGAGGAGAACGGGACUGUUCCACGUGCGGCCGCGGAUGAAGGACAGCCGUUUCAGCUGUCUGAGGAAGAUGAAGGACGGGAAUUGCCUGACCUGUCAUCAGAGACGGUUCCCUCCCAGAAUCUCCCUGGCCUCUCAGCCCUGGCAGAUGACGAGGAGGAGGAUGAAGAGCUUCCCAGUAUUUUAUCACUUCAAGAACCGCCACAAAUUGAAGAAGGGAUCUUGGUCUGGUGCAAGCUGCGGAAGUAUCCUUACUGGCCAGCAGUGGUGAAAACCGUGAAGCGGAAGCACAGGAAGGCCUGUGUGCUGUUAAUAGAAGAGAACAUGAAUUACAAGAAAAAGGGUUUCUCGGUGUCUCUUAAGAAUCUGAAGCACUUUGAUUGUGAAGAAAGGCAGGAGCUCAUUGAACAAGCCAAAAAGGAUUAUCGCAAGGAAGUGGAGUGGUGCAUCCGCUUGAUCUCGGACUAUCGCAUUCGAGUCGGUUGUCGUUCUUUUACGGGAUCCUUCCUGGAAUAUUUUGCUGCCGAUAUCAGCUACCCAGUUCGAAAGGAAAGUUAUCAAAGUUUCACCCCAAUGACCUUUCCAGUCGAGGCGGAGGAAGAUGUUGAAGGGUCUUCAUCAGAAACUUCCCCUCAGAAGCCCUCCAAGAAACUCCUUCCUGACAGAACGAGAGCCGCCAGAGACAGAGCGAACAAAAAGAUAGUGGAGUUCAUCGUGAAGGCCAAGGGGGCUGAGGAGCAUCUUCUGGCCAUUUUGAAAAGCAGGAAACAGUCCCGGUGGCUGAAGGAAUUCCUGAACUCAAAUCAGUGCGUGACCUGCAUUGAAACGUACUUGGAGGACGAGGAUCAGUUAGACCUUGUGGUGAACUACCUGAAGGACGUGUACUGCGAGAUAGAUGCCGAAAGCCUGCGGCAAAUCGGUGGAGACGGGAUAAAACUGAUUUCGGACGUCCUUCUGCCUGAAGCCAUCAUUUACGCCAUUUCUGCUGUCGAUGACAUAGAUUACAAGAAAGCGGAAGAGAAGUUCAUAAAAGGACCAUCCGUGAGCAAAAGGGAGAGAGAAAUAUUUGACGAAGAAAUUCUAGAACGAAAGAAGCGGAAGGCUGAGCCUGCGCCGUCAGACAGCAGCUGA